AUGAAAUUAUUUUUAUUUUUAGCUAUUAUCCUUAUAAUUGGAAAUGUAUCAUCAAAACCAGUUAUUCCAUUUUCAUAUCCACUUUAUAAACAAUGUGAUUCACGUUGGGGUAAUGAUUUAAUUAUUACAGAAACAAUUUGUGAUGUUGGUUGUUUAAUGUCUUCAUGUUCGAUGGCAAUUGGAGGUAAAGGUAUUACAAUUGAUGAUGGAAUUUCAAAUCCAGGUUCAUUGAAUACAUGGUUAAAGAGUAAUAGUGGUUAUGAAGGUGAUAAUUUAUUAGUUGAAUCAUCAUUAGAAAAUGUUUCAAAUAAAAUUAAUUAUGUUGGUUCAUUUCCAUCUUCACAAUAUACAAUGGAUGAUAUCAUUUCAAUGUUAAAUAAAAAAGAUUUAAUUUUAAUAAUUAAUGUAAAUCAAGGUUCACAUUUCGUUUUAGCAACUGGUUAUGAUACAACUGAAUCUGAUUAUGUGUAUGUUAAUGAUCCUGGUUUUACAAAAUCAUAUUAUACAUAUCAAGAUAUUGUUGGUUAUAGAAUUUUUAAAAUGUAA